AAUCAUUUCCUUAGGGCUUUCCAAAACUUUCAUCCCUUCAUUUCCAUGGAGUGGGUGGGAAUCAGAUUUCAGGAGCUCACCGAUGGAUUCUUUACGUCGCUCGAAGAGAAGACGAAAGGACGGAAACAGAACUGGUUCGGUUGAAUCCGACAAGGCAUCGUCUCCGGUGGUCGUCUUCGCUCACGGUGCCGGCGCUCCCUCUUCUUCCGACUGGAUGAUCAAAUGGAAGCAUAUGCUUAAGAAGGCGUUGCAAGCUGUUGAAGUUAUCACUUUCGACUACCCUUACCUCUCUGGCGGCAAAAAGAGGGCUCCUCCAAAGGCUGAAAAAUUGGUCGACUUUCACUUGGAUGUGGUCAAAGAAACCGCUGCUAAAUUCCCUGGCCAUCCUUUGAUCUUGGCUGGAAAAUCCAUGGGCUCAAGAGUAAGCUGCAUGGUAGCCGUGAACGAAGAAAUUACGGUGUCAGCUGUAAUAUGCUUGGGAUAUCCACUUAAGGGCAUGAAGGGUGCGGUAAGGGACGAGAUUCUACUUCAACUGAAAGUUCCUGUAAUGUUUGUGCAGGGCAGCAAAGAUUCUCUCUGUCCUCUAGAUAAGCUUGAAACUGUGCGCAAGAAAAUGAAACCCAUGACAGAGUUACAUGUGAUUGAUGGCGGUGAUCACUCCUUCAAGAUUGGGAAGAAGCACCUGGAAGCAAAUGGCUUUACCCAAGAGGAAUCUGAAGAUCUAGCUCUCCAAGCAAUAGCCUCUGUUGCUUCCAAAACUCUCUCCCGCAGAUGACAUCUUUCGCCAGACUUGGGAUGCAAUAUUAAUGGUAAUCAAUUUUGUAUCUUGGCUGCUUAUUUUUUAACUAUUGGGCCUCGUUUUGUGGUGUCUACUAUAACUGUGUUUGGUUGGCCUUUUCAUGAAAUAGAUAGAUUGUUUCGACUCAUGAUGUCAUGUAGUCUUUUCUUCAAUUCUUGCUGCAA